AUGGAGCCUCCGAGCCUGCUCCCGCACGUGGACGAGCUGGUGAUGGAGUACUUGCUGUUCCGGGGCUUCACCAAGAGCUUCCAAGUGUUCAGCGCCGAGCGCAAGCGCGACCGCGCGCGGGGCUUCGACGUGGACCAGAUCAUCUCCCAACUGCUGGUGGCGGUGCAAAUGUAUCAGAUCGAAUCAGUGCUGGAGACGUGGAAAUUCUUGACCGCCAGGUUCUUCAACCACUUGGACGCGUCCUACGCCUCGACACUGCAGCAGCUCGAGACGUCGCUCCUGAGACUGUACGUGGUCAAUGCAAUCAAGACUGGACACAGGGAAAAGGCCGCCGAGUUCUUCCAGCUGCACGCAGACAAGCUGAACGCCUCGGUGGCUGCUCACGGAGGCUCCGGCGCGGACUCGUGGAGCCGCUGGUUCAUCUUGCCCUACAUCGAGCACCCCGAGAGCGACCCGUACUUCCAGGUGUUCUUCAGCCAGUCGUGGCUCGAAGCGUUCGUGACGUCAUUCCGCAACUUUCUGUCGCUCGUGUUCCGGAACCUGCCGCUGCCGAAGCUGCUGGCCUUUCAACUCGCACGACUGGAAGAGCCGACGCUCAAGUUGCGGCUGAAAGUGAGUCAGUCGGAAGCGACCAGGCUGAGGAUGUACAACAGCGAGGCCACAGCCAAGAUCAAGAAGCUGGAGGAAGCAGGACGCCAGCUCCACUCGAUUCUGCGCAUGAUGGUGCAGCACAACUUCAUGGAGCACUUCUCGGCGUCUACCUCCAGCUACGUUGAUGUGACGAGUGAGAACCGCAAUAAAAGCAGAAGUCGCAGUCGGAGCUACGGAGCACCAACGCCUGGCGUUGGGCUCUCGAACAAACAGAUGCAGGAGAUCGGAGAGCUUUUCGGUAUCAGCAGCGAGGACAGUCCCCAUGUUGAUCUUCCUGUUCCUGCCGACCCGCGAGAUAUGCCACGCGUAGCAGAGGUGUACCUGCCGGUAGAUGAACUGAGUGAUGACGAGGUGCUCGGCCAAGGGGACGAGGAGGACGAGGUCGAUGAGGAUAUGCUGGACGUGGCGGUGCAAAACGAUAGAGCUGAUAGCAGCGUUCAAGCGUCCCUGAUCCGUGAAUUUAACAUGCUCAACGACUGGGAGCCGACAAAAUCAGCGAUGACAGCUCGAAGCCGCUUCUCUUCAGACGGAGAGUUUCUUGCGAUCGCGAAGCUUGGCAACACCCACAUCGAUAUCUGGUCUGCGAAUCCAAUGGUGCUUUCACCGACCUCUACUAUUAAACUACCGGCAAAGCUGACCAGCAUGCAGUGGUUGGGUCCGGGGCCCAACAAACAGCUCUUGGCGUGUACACUUGAAGAUGCCAUUACGAUGCUGUGGGAUACCGACGGACAGGAAGUUAUCACGUGCCCGCCAAAUGAAGACAAUUUGCAGGUUCAACAACUGAUGUGUGCUCGGGAGGCGCCAAUCGCUGCGUGCCUGUUCACCAGUCUUGAUGAAGAUGAUAAUGCGCUUCAGCAAGUCCUGGUGUUACAUGGAGGCAUGGAGGAGCCGAUGCAAGACUACUUCCCUAUGGAAGACAAGCAACUUACCUGCCUGGCGUGGAGCAACAUGGGCGACGUGCUCAUCACUGGAAGUCAAACAGGGGAUAUUGAAUUUAUUGACGUGAUCCGUCCCGAGCGGAUACACCGGUGCAACCUCGUUUCCUGCAGCGGCUCCUCGCGUAUCGACGGUGGCAGUUUGUCUGCGAUUUGUCUGUCUCCUGACGGGAGGUCAAUGUUAAGCGUCCACGAGAAUGGUGGCAUCGUGAUGGAAUGGUCGAUCGGCUCAAUUUUGGUCGCUGUUACCUCUCCAGCUGAUGCGAGCGAUGUGAGAGGAAGCGUAAUAGACGUGAAGCCAUCUCUGGUAUUCACGUACGAGCUGGACAAGCCGCUGGCAUCUCAAGAUUCCGAAGUGGACACUACUAUUCGCUUUCUUGGAGCAGGCGACUACUUCGUAGUUGCUGAUUCUGCCCGGCUCCAUAUCUUCAAGUGUGGCGAGAAGAGUGCCGUCUCGAGCUUUGUCCCGAAUCAAGCUAGCGUAGCAGAUCUAGACUGGCACCCGAGGCUCCCCGUGUGCUGCUCCGCUAAUCAGGACGGGGCCAUCUCGCUGUGGAGCAUGAACGCCUGA